UUACCCCUCCUGACCAAAUUGCCCCUAUCCCAUUUCGAAAUUUAUUUUUAUAAAAACAAACUAAAUUCCAUUAUAUAUUGCAUUUAUAAGGUAUCAAUAUUUACUUCCUGUAUGAAAAAGGGCAAGUAUUCCUUCUUCUUGUAUCGUAGUCAAGUGGGGUUGGCGGUAUAGGAGAGAAAAGUAUGAGAGGACUAAAUGGAUAAUACAUAAAAGUGCUAGGGCAUUUUCGUCAAUGGAAAAUAAUGUUUGAAUGUGCCCAACCUCAAAGGCCACGUGAUUAGAUUCCUGUGAAUCACUUUUUGCCCGUAUAUAAACAGUAUUUUUCGGACAGAUCUCACUAUCUGCGUCUGCAUGAGAGCAAGAAAAACUGAGAAAGUGCGAGAAAACGAGAGAAAAUUUCAAGCAUUUUCCAAAGUAUAAUUAGAAUCUUCUUAUACAAUCAGCUGCAAAUCAGACCUCACAUUUAUUUAUAUUUUUUAUUAAUUGCGUUAUCAUUUGGAUCUCAUACAAUUCCGUGAGAUCGAUUUUCGUUCAACGGAGGAGAAGUGCGGUUCUCAGCUCCGGCGAUUGACCGGAGAAUGUGAGUCGUGGAUGGAGCUGCGGCAUCAGCCUGGUUGAUUGUUGUGGCAUCCGUAGAUUUCUCCGGCCUUUUGCUCGCCGGUGAGAUCUCUUCCGUCCGAUUUCAGAGAGAAACCUGUUGCGGAAGUGGAGGAUCAGAGAGCAAGAUUUUCGGUGGAGAUUGUAAUUUUGAAAAAGAAAAAAAAAAGAAUUAAUUAAGAGCAGUGAGUUGGCGACGCUUUUGGACAUGAAAAGGCUGUGAAGUUUUGGUUCAGGCGGAGGAAAAGAAGAAAAAAGAGAGGAAAGACACAGAAAAAUGUUGCUAGCGGGAUUCCACGUGGCAAGCAUGCAAGUGCCUUCAUUCAAAGUGUUGAGCAUUUGAGUUUGAGGGAGAUUAGUAUUCCAACAACAUUCCGGCAACUCCAAGAGAUGAAGAAAGAGACGUUGUCACAAAAUUUCAACGCCACUUGCCCCUACAGGGCGUGUGUUUCACCGAUAUACGCGUGUAUAGUGCAGACGAUAUCUCCAAGGUCUACAGAUUUUUAGUUUAGAACGCCAAAGACCUCUCCACUAGCAAGGUUGUUUCUAGGAUUAUAUACAGACCAUGGCAUGCACCUCAGUAACCAUUCCCGCCUCCCCGACUGGCUCGGUGGCAAAGGAGAUAUCCCACAAAACUCUUCACCGUUCACACUCCGGCAAGGACUUAUGCGCUCGAGCUGGUUUGAGAAGGUCUUAUUCAGAUACCCACCUCUGUUACUCCAUCAACCGUAUUCGGGCUUCAUCAGCACACCCAAAACUAAAGAGCAGCUCUUCUUCAGUCAAGAUCUUCCCAAUGUUCCAGUUACCAGGCUCCAUACUUCCUAGUGGCCUCCGAUCAUUCUUGUUUGACCCAGAGACGAGCAAGGAUAUGAACAUAGUGGAGAACGGGGUGGAUAUUGAUAACAAGGAUGUAGAGAAGAGAGCUAAUUGGGUGGUGCGGUUAUUGGAACUAAGAAGUCGUUGGAGGAACAAACCACAGAGAGAAAAUUUAAAUGGAGAUGAAGAUGGUGCUGCUGACAGUGAUGGCGAUGAGGGAGGUUGUGAAGUGGAUUACGACGAAGUUGAAGCCAGAGAGAACUACAAUCGAGAGACGUUUUCGAGGUUAUUGUCUCCAGUGGCAUGGUCUGAUACUAAAUUUUUUUCUCAGCUGGCUUUCUUGUGCAACAUGGCUUACGUGAUCCCAGAAAUCAAGGCUCAAGAUUUAAGAAGGCAUUAUGGCCUAAAGUUCGUGACAUCUUCGCUAGAGAAGAAAGCAGAGGCAGCUGCUAUCAAAGUGAAACUUGAUCAUGAUUCCACUCGUGUGCCCAUACCUGACCCUGCAGAUACUGGAUCCAGUUCAGAGAAAGCCAUGGACUCUGAGCAGAAACCUCUGUUCCGCCCAUCCGUUGCUUAUGAGAUAGCUGCUUCUGCUGCCUCUUAUGUCCAUUCUUGCACUAAGGACCUUCUAUCACCCGAGUCUGAGCCCCAGCAGGAGGCUGAUGAUGUGCAUGGAUGUGAGAGUGAAGAUCAAAUUCGAGAUGAGGGAGAGAGGUCUCCCUCUCGAGUUUAUAAGUCUGAGGUGGCCGCAUUUGUGGCAGCAUCUACUAUGACUGCAGUGGUUGCCGCAGGGGAGAAGGAAAAGCAGGAGGCAGCAAAGGACCUUCAAUCACUCCAUUCUGCACCUUGUGAAUGGUUUGUUUGUGAUGAUUCAAGUACAUAUACUCGCUGCUUUGUCAUCCAGGGUUCAGACUCCCUGGCGUCUUGGCAGGCAAACCUCUUCUUUGAUCCAACUCAAUUUGAGGGGACAGAUGUGAUUGUUCAUAGAGGAAUUUAUGAAGCUGCAAAGGGAAUAUACGAGCAAUUCAUGCCAGAAAUUAUAUACCAUCUUAACAGAUAUGGGGAUCGUGCUAAACUUCAAUUCACUGGUCAUUCCCUUGGGGGUAGUCUCUCUCUUUUAGUCAACUUGAUGCUACUGUCUAGGAAGGUCGUCAAACCCUCCAAUCUUCUACCAGUUGUCACAUUUGGAUCACCAUUUGUGUUCUGUGGAGGCGAAAGGAUCCUUGGGGAGUUGGGAUUGGAUGACAAUCAUGUCCAUUGUGUGAUGAUGCAUAGGGAUAUUGUGCCCAGAGCCUUCUCCUGCAACUAUCCUAACCAUGUGGCCCAAGUCCUCAAGAGUUUGAGUGGAGCUUUCCGAUCCCACCCUUGCCUAAAUAAAAAUAAACUGUUGUAUUCUCCAAUGGGCAAAAUCUUCAUUCUUCAACCUGAUGAGAAGUCAUCUCCUUCUCACCCGUUUCUCCCUUCAGGGAAUGCACUCUAUGCACUCGACAAGACCCAAUGUGCUUGUCCUGCAAGUGCCAUCAGGGCUUUUAUCAAUUGUCCCCACCCACUGGAAACCCUAAGCGAUCCUACAGCCUAUGGUUCAGAAGGUACAAUUCUCAGAGACCAUGACUCAAGCAACUAUCUCAAGGCAGUUAACGGGGUUCUGAGGCAACAUACAAAGACGGUUCUUCGGCGAGUGAGAAGACAGGGGAACCUUAUGUGGCCACUACUGACUUCACCCUCCCCACAUGCAUGGAAUCACGAAGAAAGUUUGGACAAUACAAGGAAAGAGUUAACAACAGGGGCUUGAAGUCUACUCCACAGGAAAACAUCGAGUCUAGGGCUAGGUUCUUUCGUCUGUUUUAUGUACAUUUACUUGUAUCUUAUUAAUCACCUUUGUAUCCAUGUAUUCACUCGAUAUUCAAUCCAUUAUGAUACAUUUUCCAAUGCUCUAUAUAAAAUGCUUAUUUCCCUCACA